AUGCGCAACCUAGUCUCCCUCCUCAACCUCUGCCUCAUAUCCAUAUUCAUUGGGCUUGUCCAAUGCAGGUCCGCUGACCUCCCUAACGCCGCGGACAUCUAUCACUGGGCCGUCAAUGUGCCGCAACCUUCACUUCUGGCCAAGGUAGCUUAUGACCCCGACACGCUCGAGAGCAAAGUCCUUUCGUACACGCCUCCUACCGUCGAGAAUAGCGACAAUGACUUGAGAUACCGGGUAGGAUUUUAUACAACUGCCGCGGAUGGUUCGAAACAAUGGGUUGGAAGUCUGGUUUUGCAGUCGGCGUUGACAACCACCUCAGCGACGCAGCAUAAUUAUUUGCAACUAUAUCUUAGUGGUUCACAACAGCAUGAACUGUAUCAUGUUUCUCUCUCCAAGAAAUAUAAUGCGGAUGAGUCCUCGGAAUCGAUAGGCGUGGAGCUUGUGUAUCCCAGUGCUGGUGCAUUACCUGAGCUGAACAAGCCCAUUGUUGUUAGUCCGGAUGGCACUGGGCCUCAGGAAGUGGUUGAGAAGACUUUCUUCCAGAAGUACUGGUGGGUGUUGAUGAUUGUUGCAGUAUUGACGCUGUCGGGAGGCGGAGGAGAAGGUCAAUAA